AUGUGCAUUCUCGUGCGUUUGAGUUAUGUGGAAGUCGAGGAAGCCAAAGACGAAGAUGAAGACGAAGACGAAGACGAGGAAGAAGAAAAGAAGAAGAAAAGAAGAAACGACGUCGAAAAAGAAAAGGGCGCUUAUCCCGAUCGGGACAUCACCAAGCCAUUAACCGCUUCGGGAAUGAUUCUAUUAGUCAUGGACAUGCUUAAUAAGAGAUUAGGGCAAGGAGAGACCGGCUGGAGCGAGGGCGACAGCGGCAAUACUGGCCAAAAGGAGGACGAGACGAAGGAUGGGAAGGACCGGACUGCAGACUCUGACGGCCGACAGCGAAUAUGCAGCAGCAAGGAAGGCUCGUGA